CUUUAGAGAACUAAAAACAGCUAAAAAAGCACACUCGAUUCUAUGAAAAUGAAUUCCUCCCACGAAAACGCACUAGAAUCUAUCCUAUAUGGCCAUUGCUGUGCCAAGCGGUUGAAGCUGCGGCUCGACGAUCCAAUGGCUGAAGACAAAUCGACUUCAAACUAUGAUCUCGCUAAAUCGAUCGUCCAUUGUUUUUCCAGUGCCAUCUCAAUCUUUUCUGAUAAACCAAAACCCGAGGAUGAUCUAUUUUCUGAUUUAUCUUCAAGGGAUUCUCAUCCUCCUCCUCCUCGGCAGAGAAGCCACUCCAAGAAAAGAAAGAAUAAUGAUACAAAUUCAAGUGAGAAUUGGAGUCGCGAUUCAUCGGAUCCGAACUACUACGACGGGUUUCUUUGGAGGAAAUACGGCCAAAAGACUAUUAAAAAAUCUAAACACCAAAGGAGCUACUAUAGAUGUUCAUACAACAUAGAUCAUGCCUGUGGAGCAAGAAAGCAUGAACAGAAGAUCAAAGACAAUCCUGCGGUUUACCGAACCACUUACUUUGGCCACCACACUUGCAAUAUCAACUAUAACCAAGAUGCCGGUUUUACUACCCUUGGAGAUCCGGUUAAUGAUUUGGAAAAUAGCCGGAUGAUUCGAUUCGGAAAUGACCUUGAUCAAGAGAAGGAAAGCUACAAGAGCGGCUUUUCUUUAUCUGUAAAGCAUGAAGAUAAUAUCAUCAAAGAGGAAACCAUGGAUCAGUACCGUGGGAUAACUUAUAGUGAUGAUAAAGAUUGUCAAAAUGUGAUGGAAAAUACUCAUCAAUUAUCACCAUCAGGUUCUUAUACUUCUCCGUCGUCAUCUGGCAGUGAAAUUGACAUGUUUGAUGCAAAUCUGCUAGCGGAAGGCUUAGAUUUAUUGGAUCGUUAUGAUAUUUAUGACUUUGAGCUGCCUUAGAUUUUUUCAGCUAAAAAUGUAAAAGAAUUUCUUUUUUUUUUACGAGAAUAAUUGAGAAUUGCGAGCAUUUAUGUAUUGAAUAGUUUCUGUUGAGCAUAAGUAGAAUAUUUGAAGCAGUUUUGUAACAAAAUUAUUUACUAGAGAAAAAUGUAAUAGUAAGAACGUUGGGUUAUGAAAUCAUUGGAAC